AUGGACUGGACGGUUGAUUACAAGUCGCCCAGGGAUGUGGCGGGGCAUGGCGGGGCAUGGGACACUUACCACCAGGUAGGGAACGGGGCACACAGCAGCAGGGGGAGAGGGAGGGGAGGGGGGGCGAGAGGGUUCUUCCAGGGGCUCAAGGCGUCGGGAUACACCAUGGACUGGACCAUUGAUUACAAGUCGCCCAGGGAUGUGGCGGGGCAUGGCUUUGCUUGGAACCAACAAGCUUGCAACAGCAGCAGGUGCGAUGAGCAGUGGGGGGCCCACAGGACGUUAGCAGGUGGGGAACGUGCUUUAUCACUCCAUAUUCCUCUACUUUCCCCCAUUUCAAACCACCCUCACCACCCAUUCUCCCUCAUUACCUUCCACCACCGCCCCAUUCUCCCUCAUUACCUUCCACCACCGCCCCAUUCUCCCUCAUUACCUUCCACCACCGCCCCAUUCUCCCUCAUUACCUUCCACCACCGCCCCAUUCUCCCUCAUUACCUUCCACCACCGCCCCAUUCUUCCUGCAGCACGGCGGGCGGCAACAGCGGCGUGGAAGUGAAGCUGAAUGGCUUCUCGUUUGGAACAGCCAGCGGCAUGGCGCCACGUGCACGCGUGGCUAUGUAUAAGGUCUUCUGGGCGACGGUGGAGAGCGGGAGGGACAACUGUGACGGGUCAGACAUUCUCAAGGCUGUUGAUACAGCCGUGGCGGAUGGAGUGGACGUGAUCAGCCUGUCCGUGGGCCGCCAGGCUCCUCUCUUCUUUGACGAUGAUGAGAUGAUCUACCUCAAUGCCGCCAGGGCAGGCGUGCUGGCGUCAGUGUCAGCGGGCAACAGCGGCCCCACUACCACCGGAGACGCCUUCUUUCGCAGCAUAGGGCACCCGUCCCCGUGGAUGAUCACCGUUGCUGCCAGCUCCCACGGCCGCAACUACAUGACUGAUGUGACGGUCAACGGGGACAAGUUCUCUGGGCGAUCGAUGGUGGGGACGGGCGGUGGGGAGCUGAUUUUAGGGAAGAACGGCGUGAAGGCCGGAGGGAACGCGUGGAUGGCGGGUGUGUGUGCGUCAGGCACCCUCGACCCAGCCAAGGUCUCGGGCAAGAUCGUGGUGUGCCGACGCAUAUCCCAAUUCGGAGGGUGGAGCUCCGAGGACCUCCUCCCUAUAAGCAUCACCGUUAAGAAGGCGGGCGCUGCGGGUGUGAUUAUAUACAACACAGAUAAGGCGGAUCGCGUAGUGGCUGUGCUUCACCCAAUCCCUGCGUGCCACCUGGACCGGUACACUGGCAAGAGGCUCGUGAAGCUUCUGGGAAAUUCCACAGGAGUAAAGGCCAAAAUCUCAGCCUCGUACGUGAAGCAGCUGGCGGCGCCCACCGUCGCGUCCUUCUCCUCCACGGGACCCAACGUCGACCCCGUGCUAGACGCCCGGGAGGGCGGCAAGUACUCGUUCGGGUACAACGACGUCUUGAAGCCCGACAUCACCGCACCGGGGCUGGAGGUGUGGGCCGGGUGGACCCAGUCGCCCUUCCAGGAGCCCUACGGGAUUGCUUCAGGCGUUGUCCCUGCUGCCUCCAUGUCUCAUCUCUUGAUCAGCGGGACUUCCAUGUCCUGCCCGCACAUCUCCGGCCUCGCUGCAAUUAUCAAGGGGAAAUACCCCAACUGGUCGCCCUUUGCCCUCAAAUCCGCGCUCAUGACCACGGCGUACACCUUAAACAACAAGAACAAGCCGAUUUACUCGGCCGGGCAGCUACGAGCAGCAGACCCCUUUGACUAUGGCACGGGGCAUGUGGACACGUUUAAAGCCCUGGACCCAGGGCUGGUGUACGACUCUACAGUGCUUGAGAAUGUGAAGUUUCUUAUAGCGGUUGAUGCAGUGGACGUAAAGCAGACGUCAGCGUAUUGGGCGGUGGCCAAGGAGAAAAGGAAGCCGCUUGCCCACCCUCGCGUCCAGCGAGCCGCCAUGUUCAAGAACUUCUACGGCCAAUCGCAGCCGCCGAGGUCGCCGUCGAAGCCGCCCGAUGCGGCGGCGAAGUUCCUCGCGCACUCGCGGAGCCUGCCGCCGUUCCGCAACCCGGCGGCCGCAGGCGGAGCGGGCGGAGGCGGAGGCGGAGCGGGAGGCUUAGCCCCCGCGCUCCCCACGACACUCUCGUCCUCCUCCUCCGCCGCCGCUACCCCGAUAUUUAACGACGAGCCGACUAGCGACAUCCAUAUCGAGAUCUUAAAUCGUAAAGGGGAGCUGCACGCAGUACUUAAUCUCCACACCUCCGUGCUCCGCGAGCAGAGCGAUUAUUUCUUCAACGCGCUCGCGAAGCGCGCCGUGCGCGACCCGAUCCAGGGCGCGACGAUCUCGCACGACGCCGCGGGGACCACCUUCACGAUCCAGGCCAGCGGCCACGUGGCAGACCCCGACGCUUACGUGUCAACCUUCCGCAUGUUUUACCUAGAAGAAGAGGAGCUUCCCGAUGAAAUUCAGUGCUUAGGCUCCGUAUGGCGCGUUCUAGAAACCCUAGUCGUUUCCUCAGAGCUGCAGUUCCACAUGUGCACAAGCGCGUGCGUGGAUUAUCUCGAAUCUGUACCGUGGAACGACGAUGAGCUGGAGGAGAUCCUACGGCUGGUAUCGCAGCUGGAGCAUCUGCAGGACGCGCGGCCGAUCCUCGACCGUCUGCCAGUGCGCACGUGGGACGAGGAGAGCAUCUCCGACGCGCUUCGGAUCCUGCUCAUCCGCGCCGUCGCGUUUCACGACAGCCGCCAGGGCGCGGGGAAGGCGGAGGGGGAAGAGCCCGCAGGGCGGGGAGCGGCAGGGGCGGGAAGGGGCGGCGGGAAGGCGGCGGAGGUGGCUCCGGGGACGAUUGAGUGCCGAGAGGCGGCGAGCGCGAUUUUGCGGAACCGCCACGAGCCGACGCUCAGUCUUAAGACCAAGAAGGCGGUGCUUAGAGAGACGUUCGUCGAUCUCCUACAGUGUCUUUGGUCAGAGCAGCGGGAGUUAAAGCGUAGAAACUCGUCGUGCACGCGCGCCGCGGCGGCUGCAAUGGCGGGAGCGGGAGCAGGGGGGGGCGCGGGAGGCGGAGCGCCGAGCCCGUCCCCGCGCACCCCUAGAGACGCUCCGCUUCCUGUUCCCGCCACGUCCCCCGCAGGGGCGCGCGGGGAAGCCUCUCCCGCCGCGCAGCAUGACGCUCCGGCGCCGUCCCCGCGCCCGCGGGGGGAGGAGCAGGCAGGAGGAGGCGCGGGGGGAUUGAGCGGUGAUGACGAGGGGAUGCUGGAGAUGGUAUACGGGGCGCAAGGCGCGCUGACGUGGCUCGUGGGGCUGAUGCUGGAAUUCGCUAUGGCGGACGAGGUCUUUAAAUGGCUUGCGACUGAUAACGAGUUCGUCUCGCAGGUUCGGCAGAGCUGCUCCCUGACGCAGCGGCAGGCUCGGGCCGAGCCUGCUGAUGUGGAGGGCCUGCCGGCAGCCCAGGCGGUAGGUCCGGGAUUCGCUAAGAGCUUCAGUUUCUCGACGCAGGGGCUGGAGACUGUUAACGAGGAUGAGGGGGGCGCGGAGGGCGGGGCGGGGGAGGGGGAGGAUGGCGGGUUAGACAGUGUUGGGACUCCGGGGAAAGGGCAGGCAGGGGGAAGCGGAGGGGGAGGGGUGGGGGCGGCAGCAGCGUCAGCGGGGGCGGUGCCGCCCGGGGCACUGUACGUGGUCAAGUCAGCACUAGUGGGGACCAUGAGUGCGAUGCUAUCGAAGCGGCUUGUAGCGAAUCCGCAGCUGCGCGUGUCGUUUGUGCGGCUGUGGCUGCCCGUGCUGCUGGAAAUCUGCUCCUCCUCUGUUAGCAGUCGCAGUGGCAGCAGCGGGAGACACAACAGCAACGGGAGCAGCAGCAGCAGCAGCAGCAGCAGCAGCAGAGAACCCCCUUCAUCCACCCUUGCUCAACCCGCGUCUACUAGCACACCCAACGCCAAAUCCCAACAGCAACACCAGCAGCAGCAGCAGCAGCAGCAGCAGCAGCAGCAGGGGGUGCGGUAUCAGCUGUUAGGUUUUGACCUAACCCCAGAGGAGCGGACAGCGCUAGUGUCCGGAUUCAAUGAACUUGUUCUCACACUGCCCGCCCAUGAGCAACUCAACACCUACACCCUCUGGUAUCAAAUUGCCUUCUGGACAAAACAUGCCGGCCCCACCCCUCAUGCUCUCCCGCCCCUGCCGUCCCCUAUUGCCGCCGCUGCUGCGGCCGCCCGCGCGUCUCUCUUCUCUUCCCGCCCUGCGCUGCCUGAGCUGGCGAUUCCCGAAAUGGGGGGUGCGGAGGGUGGGGGCGGAGGGGGGAGAGGAGGAGGGGGGAGUGGAGCGGGGGGUGGGGAGAGGGAGGAGAGCUGGUUGAGCCUGUCGCAUGCGUACCGCAAGUGGCUGAUACGGUUGGGGAGGCCAUGUUGA